UCGAAUCUGUUAAGAACAUCGUUAGUUCCUCCUUGUCCAUCUCCAAGGAGGUGAUUCCACAUCCACCAUGACCGCGGAUCAAGAACUACAAGUCAUCGUUCAGCAGGGAAAAGAACCAAAUCCAACAGUUCAAGAUGAAAGAAAUUCGGUCAGUAGCAGCCAAACAGAAGUAUCUCGCUCUAACACGUACAAACGGUGGCUCCGGGUGUCUCUCUAUACAUUCUUUGUCAUUUCAGGCCAAACAGUUGCUACAAUUUUGGGCAGACUAUACUAUGACAACGGAGGAAACAGUAAAUGGCUAGCAACGGUAGUUCAACUUGUUGGCUUUCCUGUUCUACUUCCAUAUUAUCUCAUGUCAAUCAAAACACAUGCAACAACUCAUAGAGAUGGAAAAAGAACCUCACCUAGGAACCGUGUAUUGGUUUACGUAGUGCUUGGACUUCUUGUAGGAGCAGAUUGCUAUCUGUACUCCAUCGGACUUCUUUACUUACCCGUUUCUACAUAUUCCCUGAUCUGUGCAUCUCAGUUAGCCUUCAACGCUUUCUUCUCUUAUUUUCUUAACUCACAAAAACUUACUCCUAUCAUUUUGAAUUCUCUUUUUCUCCUAACUAUAUCUUCCACCCUACUUGCGUUCAAUAAUGAGGAGUCAAAUUCCACAAAAGUUACAAAAGGAGAGUAUGUCAAAGGUUUCAUAUGCACAGUUGCUGCGUCUGCUGGGUAUGGCCUUGUCUUAUCCCUACAACAGCUAGCCUUCCUUAAAGUCCUAAAGAGGCAAACUUUCUCAGAAGUUAUGGAUAUGAUAAUCUACGUGAGUCUAGUUGCCAGUGGUGUUAGUGUGGUGGGGCUUUUUGCUAGUAGCGAAUGGAAAACUUUGAGCAGUGAAAUGGAAAACUACAAACCUGGGAAGGUAUCCUACAUUAUGAACCUAGUGUGGACAGCUGUUACCUGGCAGGUAUUCUCCAUCGGUGGCACAGGACUGAUCUUCGAGCUUUCCUCUCUAUUCUCAAAUGCAAUAAGCGUUUUAGGACUCCCCGUGGUUCCCAUCCUGGCUGUAAUCAUUUUCCAUGACAAAAUGAAUGGGUUAAAGGUGAUUUCUAUGAUCCUGGCUAUUUGGGGUUUCACUUCCUAUGUCUACCAACAAUAUCUUGAUGACAAAAACUUGAAGAAAAGUCAUGGAAUCACAACAACAAAAUCCCCUGACCCACCAGAAGCAGAAGAGUCAAGUUGGCAAUCAAAAUAACCUGAUUUUUGAAAGAUGGUGUCCUGCAGUUUACACACUCAAUCAAUCUGGUUAAGAAACUUACUUUACUUAUCGACCUGGAGGCAUCCUACAAGGAAGAAUACACAAUACAUUUUUGAUGCAACUAAUGUGAAGUCUCAGCUUGAAAUUUUUUGCAUCAAUGUAACAGAAAGUAGAUUUCAUUUAAAUAAAUACUGAAUGACUCUGGUUUAGUUUA